AUGACACAUUAAAUUUAUUCCACUAACAGUACAAACCUUUAUCUCUCGGGCUGGAAGAUCUCUGCCUUUCCUUAGUGGAUCAAAAUCCCCGUAAUCCAUCCUCGAGACCUGUCAUUUAAUCUCCCCGAUCGGCCGGUCGUCGCGAUCGCUCAACAUUUACUCCUCCCUCUGUCGUCAUUUCAUAUAAAUAUAUAUACUACUACUACUACCACUACCACUACCCCCACGAUGGAUUUCCAUCUGGUACCACGCGGCGAAGAUCGAAACUACACAGGCUUUCUAACGAAAACCAUUGUCUACACAUCAUCGUUAAUUGUCUUUCUAGCUUCAUUCGGCUUAACCGUAUCCUCCAUUGUCGUCCCAAAAUGGAUCAGCUAUUCCAACGAUCAGAUCUGGUAUUCAUACGGCCUCCAUCGGCGCUGUUCCUCAGUCACCGAUGCCUGCGUUAGUUUCCCCCAGCAGGACGAUUGCAGUGGCCGGGGCCGCUAUUUCUGUUCCAUGUGGCGCUCUGUGGGCUUUCUUAUGUCCUUUGCCGUCGUUUUGGAGGGCAUGAGUAUCGUCGCAUACUUGAUCAUAUUAACCGGUGGGAAGCGAUUGCGGGAAUCCGGGUGGAAGGUUCUCAGUUUGUUGAUCGUGUUAUCGGUCGUUGUUCAGGCGGCGAGCAUGUCGAUUGUGGCCUAUUUGUACGACCAUGACCCGCGGUUUUUCCCCGGCUGGAGACUGGAUGAAUCCUGGAUUUAUUGUACCAUUAGCUGGUGUGUCAGCUUGCUCUGUGCGGCUGCCCUUAUUGUUGCCGGUCGCGUACUGCCGUCAGAAGGUGGCUAUGAGUUGAUCCCCGACCAUUCUUAAUUCAACUCUUAUGGAGACGAUAUGUCAACGGUGGUACGAUUCGAUAUACGUUUACGGCGGUGCAUUUGUGAUUUGCGGUUCUGCGUUUUUAUGCCGCUUUCUUUCUUUUCCCUGCUUCGACAUUCUGUUUAGCUUGGUGGUUUU